UAAAACGACACACACACACACAGAGAGAGAGAGAGAAAAGAGUGAGGCACAUCUUGAGGAAGUUAACAAAACAACAGAAGUAGAACAAAAGGCACAUCAUACUGAAGCUUUUAUAGAUUUUGGUCCUUGGCCUUUUCGCAGUGGUGUUUGUAGACCAUUGGCAGCUUUACGUCUGUCCACAGAAUGGGAUUGGUGCAAUACUCUCUGGCCCUCCUGAUGUUAUCCACACAGUUGGUGCUCAGCUUACCCAUGACAAAGAAAACCUACACAGUUGGUGGGAGAGAGUGUGACUAUUGCCCUGCAGGUAUGUAUUCAACUGAUUGUACAACAUGUGAAUACUGUCCUGCUGGAACAUACACAACUGACUGGAACUAUGAAGAUGAAUGCCAUCACUGCUUUGGAGACUGCAACCCUAAGUUUCAUCUUAAAGUGGUUCAGAACUGCACCAGUACGUCUGAUAUGAAAUGUGACUGCGAGGAUGGUUUUACAUGCACCAGGUGGACCGGAGAGAGAGAGAACUGCAUGGCUUGCAAGAAGAUGCCAGACCCAACCUCAACCAAAGUAGCAGCAACAGAGAUCUCAGACAGAGAUAAACACAUGCCUUCCUCAGUUUCCUCCGGACAUAGCAGCACUUCUCCCAGACCCUGCCAUUCUCCAGGGUGUCACCCAACGAAAGAGCCGAUUCCCACGCCAGGUCAUGCCAACCGUCACCUGGCAGCUAUUUUCAUUCCAGUAUGUGUCCUUGCAACUUUGGCCCUUCUCACCUUGUUCUGUGUCUGUCGUCCGAGAGAUGAGACAUAUAUAAGGCAAACUAUUGCAAAGCUCUGGAAUGAGGAAGGGCGAGGUGCUUCUCACAAGUCAAAGGAGCCAACUCAUCAGUUCCCCAGAGACUCAUUCAGUACAAAGCAGCAGCCCUCAACUCCUUCAGCAGCCAAUCUUGGUCCGGUCCAUGUGCACAAUCCAGGCACAGUCAUCUUUAGCUUGCUCAGUCAAUUUACGGGUCAAGUCGGGCCAAUGACCGAAUGCGGGAAGACAGCUGAGAGAGCGAGGAGAGAGGAAGAGGAUGAGAGAAACUGUCCCGUGUUUCAUCCUGCAUCUUCUCCCAGCAUUCAUCUCUCUGAGGAGGAGAGGAGCGGAGAGGAUGACACCAUUUUCUUCCCUUCCCAGGAGCAGGGAAAAGACUCCCACAUGUCGAAAGAGGAGAUCCUAUGAUGCAUCUCAAACUUUUCAGAAGACUUGGAUACAACAAACUUUGAAACCACAGAUGAGUAUGGAUCAUAUUCGUCUUUCCUCAGCAAGCUGCGGAUGCACUGACUUUGUUUCUGCAGCUUCUGGAAAACACUCACCUCAGAAAUGUAUUAAAUCUCAGAAGAACAGCUGCAAAGUGGUCUUCUUUGUAAGUUAUGAUUUACGAACUCUUGUAUAUACUUUUAAUAAGCUCCUUUAGCUCCGUGCGGAGAAUGCCAUCCAAGGUGUUGAAAGCUUAGUUAGGUAGUUAUUAGGUAGUUUUAGUCAAAUUAAGUUUAUUUUAAAUGAAAAAGAAAUAGAAGAAAAAAUAUACACAGAACAUGCACAUGUGAUAUUGAAAAGCUGGCCACAAAAGCAGCAAACUAUGUCUGCACAUAUAUGUAGAUAUACAUGAAAUAUGUUUAACCUUAUGUACUAUAGUACAUACUUCACCUUCACUGCCACAAUGUUCCCUUUGUCUUAUCAGUUCCAAGAUUUUUACCCACCACAAUUUUAUACACUUCAAAGUCACAGAUGCCAAAAUGAUCAUCUGUCCUCUCAGGAAACAGCAACAGUCUCAAACUUUGCUCCUUCUGGCAUUUCACUGAUCAGCACGGCGCGGAGUGCCGUUUAGCUCCAUUUAAACGUCCAAAAGCAGUGACAAAUGUUUCCAUCCGGGAUGUGCCACUGAGUGUCUUGUCAGGUUCUCGCUCCCCCAAAUUCCAGAUCUGGUCUUUAACACAUAGGUUGGUCACAUUUCCCGCACACUUCCUGGACGGGCUUGGACACUUCUUCAUCGCAUUGAGGUUGUGUUGCAGGUUUUUCAGCCAAGAAGUACCCUGAGCAGCAAGAAAUGACGGGAUGUUUUUAAUAAGAAUUCAAUCAUUUGGGGGUAUUUAUAGCUUAAUGGAAAACACAAAAGUUCUAAGAAAAAUAUUAAAUGAUUUAAAAGAAAUCUACUAACCAUGAGUGAACCUAAUCCAGACUAAAAACGGCUUGAUUUUUGUCACAACAACCAGUGCAAUUCCUGUACACAGGAGGGCAAUUAUCACCAGGAACCACGCCGUAUCUAUAAUAACACACGAGAGAGUUAGUUUCCAUAAUUUACAUCAGUUCAAUAAUUUCACAGCAACACAAUUUGGCUACUUUACCUGCAAUUGCUUUAGGGGCUCGCUGGGUGGUGGUAACUUCAGGUCUUGCCACUAGAGGGAAACAUUUAAAAAAGAGAACCUUAUAAACUCACUGCAGGCAUUAUUAGUUCGAUGACAAGAUGACACUAUUGUGAUUUGGAUUUGUCAGUGAGCUCACUCUCGUGUCCCUAAUGUUUAGCUGAUCAAGAAGUGUGAAUUUAGAAUCAUGUCAGCUGAUUUAUAAUUAACUUAUUCAUCAUGUGUUUGUGUGUUUGAAUGAGUGUGUCCUUUCUCGACGGUUACUACAGAAGAAGCAAACAGUUGAUACGAGAACAUGCAAAUAGCUUCCAAGUAUUAUUACCACCUCAUUUGUUUGGAUUAUUUUUAGUCAUGUAACGGUUUAAACUGAAUCAGAGACAUUUUAGGGAUUCUGGCUAUGACCUGUCCACAUUACUGUAUGUAGGCAGGAUUACAGUACAGGAAAACACAUGCCACAAAGAGACACAACAGACUGUUUUGCUCAUCUGCUCUAGUACAGAGCCCUGAGUGAUAAUAACACAGGACAUGACAUUAAGACUGUGAAUCAGUUAACAGAUUCAUGUACUGCACCCCUAAUCCUGCCUGUCUCCUGGAACUUGUGUUCAUAGAUUACUGUAACAGUUGUUACUACAACUGUUACUGAGUUAGGCUGUAGGGGGGAUGGAGGAAUGAAAGGAAAUUUCCUUUAAGCACUGCGCAGAGCUUUGCCAGGAGGCUGUUGAGGUAGACAAGAAAAGUGCACAAUUCUCACAUUCUCACCUGUGUCUGUGCUCUCCUCUGUGGUUAGGUUUAGGCAACUCAAGCACUUCACAUGAAGUUAGUAAAUUCCCUAACCUUUGUGAAGUGCUGAUGGUGCCAAAAUGUAACCAUAAUAAUAAUUUAAAAAAACAGUUUAAGCUGUAAGUUGUAAACAAGGUUUCUUCACUGUUUCACGAAAAAUGCGAUCCGAUAACAAAUAUUUUAUUUUAUUUUUUAAUUUUUUGUUGUUUUAAACACUGAUGUUAUGACCUCAGAGUGCAUACUUCUCCCUCGCAGACACAGUGGGUUUAAGGGGGAUGACAUCAGCGUUAAAGGCAUCUAAACUCAUUACUGGCAGACUUUAAAAACUAGGAACAACGAGCUGAAUGAUGCUAAAAGGCCACAUAGAGCUGACUGACCUCUGUAGGGUUGUGGGUGAUGACUAUCUACGAUUGGGUUUCUUUAAGUAAGUCCUGACGUUAAUGCUGGUUAGUGCUGCUUUACAAUAUCCUGUUGGUACUUUUGUGUUGACAUCUUCUUUUCUUUGGGUUAAAAUAUGCACUGAAAAAAAUGAAUCUUUGCCUUCAUAAACACAAAAUGGAAUUGAAUUCUAUCAAAUCAAAGGUUUAUUUAUUUAAUUCAUUAAUCAUAAUGAUUUUUUAGGAAGCUCAAUGGGAGUUUCAUUCGGCCAGAUUCGAUUAAUUUGAACAUUUUACGUUGUACUUAUAUAACAGGAUGUUUUCAUGUAAUCAGAUUACUUAAAGUCAACAUUUUGGGGAUGAAUAUUUUUUCGAGUGUGAAUGUUUCCUUGUUUGUAGGUACCCCACUGGAUCCAGACAAACACGCUAGUAAAUGCUCUUGUGCAUACAUGUAAAUAAACAGUUUAUUUUAACAGACUUAUUACACUGAGCUACUUUCAGUCUUGUUUUCAUAAAAUAAGGCAUUUGAACUCAUAGGUUCUCAGGAGUAUUUUUAAAUAAAAAAAAAAGUUAUAUUUCCAGAUGUAGUUAAAUGAGUAACUUCUCAUGAAAAAUGAGCAUUUGCUGACCUUUUGUGGUUCAGCCUAUACACUCAGACAACUUCAUUUUGGUGCAAAAGAUGAGUAUAUCUGUUAUGUUAUUGCUUUUCAUGUUAGUGUUAAAUUAGUCUCCGAUGUUAUGUCUUUGGGGAACGCAUCUACAAUGUUAUUUUUUGUGCUUUUACACUGACAGUCUGUACCAAUUUGUUAAUUAAAGAAUGCAAAACGAAAAAGCUCCUUAAUGAGAAUGUGAUGCUGCA